CACCGCCCUGUCCGUCUCCAACCAAUCAUCUCGGACGUGGGGGCGGGACUUCCGGCGGCCGUCCCGGAAGAGGCGGGAGCGGCCCGGCACGAGUUACAGAUAACAGAAAGAGCUGUGUCUAUGAACCAAGGAGAUAAGAAAGUUCUUCUGAGUCUUUGUCCUGAUGAAACAGGAGGUCUUGCUUGGAAUCGGUCACUGCAUAUGCAACAUACUUGUGGGAAACUUCUUUAUUUGUAACAUACCUCUUGGAAAAAUUCUGCGUAUGUAACACAGCAGAAUUUAAACACUAAAGGAAGAUGUCAUUUUUCCCCAAAAUCUCUUUUCAACAUGAAGUUGAAGAGUAUCUCAGCAAAGUGUUCAGAAAUAAGGAGCUUAUAACUGCUUUAGGUACAAAGGAGGCAGAGAGUAAAUAUCAAUCUCUGCUGAGUCAUCUAUCUCAUCCACCAGCUAUCACAACAGUUAGAGUUAACACUAACUUGGCCUCUGUGAAACACGUGAAAAAAUUGCUGCUUGAAGAGAUCCAGAAGCAAUUUAAAGGAACCUGUGUUCCAGUUCUUGAGCACCCACAACUCCGGGACAUCUUAUUAAUUCCCGCUAUUGGACCCAGGCAAGAUUUAAAAAAAUAUGAGUCUGAAGUCAUUGUUGGAGCACAGUGUGGGUAUGCAGUACUUCGAGGAGCGCAUGUUUAUGUUCCUGGUAUCAUAUCUACUUCAAGAUUUGUGAAGGCUGGAGAUUUAGUCUCAGUCUAUUCGGAUAUCGAAGGGAAAUGUAAAAGAGGAGCCAAAGAAUUCGAAGGAGUCAAAGUUUUCCUUGGAAAUGGGAUUUCAGAACUGAGUCGUAGUGACAUUUUCAGUCCGCAUGGCCGUAUGACUGGGCUAGGCGUAAGAAUGACAGAGCCAGUCUAUCUUAGUCCUUCGUUUGACAGUGUGCUUCCUAGUCAUUUAUUUUUACAGAACUUACCUUCAGUCGUUGUCAGCCAUGUUUUAAACCCUCAACCAGGAGAAAGAAUUUUGGACAUGUGUGCUGCACCUGGAGGGAAAACAACCCAUCUUGCAACAUUAAUGUGUGAUCAAGGUGAAGUAAUAGCAAUGGACAAGAUAGCUAACAAGGUCAAAAAAAUUAAGCAGAACGCUGAAUUACUACAGUUGAAUUGUAUAAAGGCAUUUUGCUAUGAUGGAACAAAAGCACUGUCAGUUGAGAAGAGAGAGGAUAAACAAGAAGGACCUCCAUUCUUACCAGAAUCAUUUGAUCGAAUUCUUCUUGAUGCUCCAUGCAGUGGGAUGGGGCAGAGACCAAACAUGGCUUAUUCCUCGACUUUAAAGGAAGUGACAUCUUACCAGCCACUGCAACGCAAGCUUUUCACUGUGGCAGUGAAAUUACUGAAGCCAGGAGGUGUCUUAGUAUAUAGUACAUGUACAAUUACACUUUCUGAAAAUGAGGAGCAAGUUGCAUGGGCUCUGGAAACUUUUCCAUGCCUCCAGCUUCAGCCACAGGAACCUCACAUUGGAGGAGAAGGCAUGAGGGGAGCUGGACUGGCACUCCAUCAGUUGAAGCUGCUGCAGAGAUUUGAUCCAUCUGCUGGGACUUUGCAAGGAACGGAUAUGGAAUCUUUGCAAGAUUGCAGGGAGGAAGAUUUGGUUUCACUGGCAAAUAAGGACUGUAUAGGAUUUUUUAUUGCAAAAUUUAUGAAGUUGAAGGGUAAAUAAGCAUCUAGCAGUACAACCUGGAAGAAUACCUCUGCGAGCCUAAGAGCAGUUCAGACGUGAAGUGCAUGUGGUGGUGCUGCGAGGCUGCCAAGCCAAUCGGUGACGGCAGGGUUGCCAUGGCAGCGGUACAAUCUGCCAGCUGUUCUGCUGGGAAAGAGCCACAGGUUGCAGAAAGUCGGGGCUGGGGGAAGGGCAGCAUCAUUUUUAGGUCUGUUUGCUUUUAUAUUCACAGCAGGUCAGCGCCUGGAUGACAAGUAUGUUCAGUAAUGCUUCUGUCUGUUAUCUCCUGCUGUGUGAGUGGCUUACCUAGUACAGGAGAAGUGGGAACAGGGGCUGGGGGGUGGCGAGGUAAGCUCCUCUGUGAAAUGCAAGCAGAAAUAAAACAGACGGGAACCAUUACUGUGAAUUCUGGAAUAAGGUUUUUCUGUGGAGCUUUACCAGUAGUUAAUGCUUCAUUAAAUAGGGCUUCAUGAAACACUGUAACAUUUUGCAAAUAACUUUUAUAAAUUGAUACUUAGAACCUCAUUUCUCUUUUAUUUUAAUACAAGCAAGAUUCUCUGUACACAUAGUAUAUACACAAAAUACGAUUAGGCUUUGUAGCAGGUCUCUUAUAGCAGCAUGAAUAUAUUAAACCAUCUCACUCUGGGAAUGUAAAUAAAUAUUAUUUCAACAUCAAACUUCCCAUGCAUAAACUGUAUUGGUUCUGAAACAGCCGUUUGGAGUGGCUGACCAAUGACAAAUUUAAAAUCAAACAUUUGCAAUCGAAAGGGCUACAGUUGUGUUGAAAAUAUCAAAAGACAGAAAACAGUGCGUUCAUAUCAUCUGAAAUGUUGCAAAUCACCUUUCAAACAACUAAGAAUAUUAACUGGUUAGAAAGCAUCAAAUCAAAUGAAGGUUGAAACUGGGGGAGCAUGCUGAUGAGAACUGACUCCAUACACUGUCAAAGAUUCAAUAAUUUAAAUUUCUCAAACGUUGUCUACAUUUGCAAACUGUGCUUCAGUUACAGAGAUGUUCUCUGUCUGAAUAAUGUUCUCUUUUUGCAGUACUGUUAGAAAUAGCACAAAAAUGCAGGCAAAAGACAAGCACACUUCAAAAACCUGAACUGACAUCUGUGUUUUGUUGUUGGUUCUUUAUUUUUCCCACUGAUUAAUUUUACACUUUUUAAAAAGCAUUCUCUGUAAAAAAUAUCUUAUUUUGCACUCCUAAUUAUUUGGUUUCUAAAAGGCAGACCCUUAUAAUUUACCUUUGUACUGUCAGAAGUGCUCAUAAUCAAAAUAAUCUAUAUAACUCAGUAGUCUGGUUCUUCACUUAUAUUUGUUAUAAGUGUUUUGCUAUAAUACAUUUUCUACUCUUAAAUAAAUUUUCUUCUGUUCUGCUAAGGUUGAUCAGCACGUAUUCUGUAAGGCCUAUCCUAGCAGGAUAGGAAGAGAAAAUUGUCUUCUUUUUGUAGGUCACACCUUGCUGUUAACCAUGACAUGCCAAAAGAAGACAUGAAAGCUGAAAGCUCUCUUGUUUGAUCAGUGUUAGCUGAGAAAACCUAUCUAGAAUCAGAAUUACUCAUAUUAUAAAUUACAGUAUUUUUAGUCUAAACGUGGCAAAAUAACUACUUGCUAACAAAAGGUGUUAAUCUUUUACUGCAAGUACAUGUUGAAAUCUUGGACUCAGUGCUGGUAUAAAAAAAGCUUUUUUUUUCCCAGAAAAUAUAAAUUCUGUAAACAUUAAUCAGCAUACAUAGACUGUAUUUUGAAAUUUGCACAUUCAUAUAAACGGAGGAACUUUUGCCUCCAGUUUCAGUAGCAGGAUCUGUGUAGUGUUGGAUUUUAGUAAAAAGCUUGCUGAGAAUUUCCCAUAUUUUUUCAGUUUUGAAUCAUAAUCAGGCUUUUCAGGAGAGUGAUCUCAUUUGAUUUUAUAUGAGAAACUUCUUAGGGCCAAAAAACCACAAUUGUAAAUGUCUUAUAUUUGAUUCCAGUAUAGUUGCAGACUGGACUGGACUUGAAAAAACCUCUGCUGAUAUCUGAACUUUUAACUAGGGAAGUUGCUUUUGAAAAAUCACUUCUAGACAUGCUAGACGAAAAAUACCAUAUUUUUAUAGACGUAUAUUAAAGCGAUACGCCUCAGCUGUUUCCCUGCAAUCUCCUCUCUCUCAGUAAUUCCUGGGAGUCAGGGGGAACUGACAAGGAGAGAAGAAGGAAAGCAGAAAGAGGGAGAGAGAAAGAGAGACUUCUCUGUCAGGCAGUUCAGAAGAGAAAUGUAGCUGAGACACUUCAAAUCAUCCUUUGAAGGAGCCAAGCUCUUUACUUUCACUUGGCUAAGUCAGAUGUCUUGAGUUGCAUGGAUGCCAUUCUUUCUUUUCCUUUUCUUUCCAAUCUGACCUUUAAAACUGCAGGAGUUUAAAUACUUAAUCAUUUUCACAACUUUGAUGUAUGGUGUAUGUGUAUUUUUGACACAUAAUAACGUUACUUUCCUAAUAAGAAUGCUUUGCAGACCGAAUCAUUAUGCUUCAGUGUCAGGUGCUGAAGCACAGUAUAUAUAUAUAUAUAUAUUUAUUUAUAUAUAUAUAGAUUAGAUAUA